AUGGGGAUGAACAAGUUCAUUUCAAUUUUGCUUUCCUCAUAUUUUUGCUUUCAUGUCCUAAUUUGUCACUCAUGCCUUGCCUUGAGACUGAGUGGAAAUGAGACAGAUCGAUUGACGUUGCUUGAAAUCAAGGCGAGGAUAACCAAUGACCCUGUUGAAGACUUGACUUCAUGGAAUGAAACCAAUACCAGAAUAAUUUCAAAGUUAAGAAUAAUUUCAGUACUCUCCAACAAACUCACAGGAAGUAUCCCCAACUCUUUUGCCAAUUUAUCAUCUUUUGAGUUGCUUUCAGCAACCGGUAAUGAUUUUUAUGGGAGUAUUCCAGAUAUCUUUGGCCAACUGGCCAAUUUUAAAGAACUAGGUUUGGGUAAUAAUAGGUUGUCGGGUGUGAUCCCUCCCUCACUCUAUGAUCUCUCUUCCAUUAGUGUCAUUGAUGUUCAAGGAAGUAAAAUCCAAGGCACUUUGCUUCCAGACUUAGGUAUUCUCUUUCCAAAUCUCAAGUAUUUUGGCAUCGGCAGCAACCAAUUUAGUGGAACUAUACCUGUUACAUUAUCUAAUGCCUCAAAUCUAGAUACCUUUUCGGUGGUAAACAACAAUAUUCAUGGAAAAGUCCCCUCUUUGAAAAAUCUAUGUAAGCUAGAAACUAUAAACCUUUCUUACAAUAGCCUUGGAAGUGGGGGAAAUGGUGACUUGAGCUUUCUAUGCGAUUUGACUAAUGCCACCCAGUUAUUGCGACUGCUAAUCGAUACAAACAAUUUUGGGGGUAUUCUACCUCAAUGCAUAGCAAACUUGUCUUCUUCUCUUGUAUACUUGCAUGCAGAAUACAAUAAAGUAUCAGGAAGAAUCCCCCAUGGGAUUGGAAAUCUGGCUAACCUGGAGAGCGUUUGUUUUGCCAAGAACCAAUUUUCAGAAAGCAUCCCACCCGAUGUUGGAAAGCUUCGGAGGUUAUAUGAAUUAGAUUUGGGUUUUAGCAAUCUCUCUGCCUAUAUCCCACCCUCUUUUGGGAAUUUAAGUGAACUAUUUAUAUUAAGUUUACAAGCCAACAAACUUAAGGCAAUAUUCCCUCAAGUAGCCGCGGAACAUAGGGAUGUUUAA